CUCUGGGUUGAAAGUUUGCGUCGCUCCGUUGAUGGAUUUCUGGAUCAUAUCCAUUCAGAGUCUUGACCAGGAGGAAAGACUCCUUUGUGUUCCGGGGGCAUUGCCAUCUUGAAACCAGGUCACGGGGUCACGCCUGUGUUCUGUGAACCCCACCAUGCUCGCUGUCCAACUACUUCACUCGACACGAAAAUUUUCCAUCAGCCUGAAAGUCGUUUAGUAAAAGAAGACGACCACCCCUAGUAUCCGACCGCCUUCACGCGAAUACAAACGCGGGUUAGCGCCAUGUCGCAGAGCAGCGAUCCGAUCACAUAUCUACCUCUUCCAAAGUCACUUCACGCCGCCAUCAAAGCAGCAAUAAGCGCAACUUCUGAUAUGGUGAUUUCCGAUUCGAAUCCCAUAAUUUCGAACUUUGAUUUACCUGAUAACGAGAGUCUCAAGUUGGUUGUGGAAGAGGCAAAGAAGGCUUAUCAGAAGGAAAAGUUUCCAUCUGAGGUCUCUGAAGAGGCAGAGAAGGCUCAUCAGAAGGAAAAGUUUUCAUCUGAGGUUUCUGUUUUAUCAUCGCACGGGGCUGUUUUUAGAGGAAGUUGGAGAUCUGGAAGACAAAAUGACACCGUGAUUGUUCCGCUUAUCGAUUACCACACGGAGGUUACUGCAUGGAAUCAAGGCGGGGAAAUAACAAGAUUAGAUUGGCAUUGGACGAACGCCAUAUUCGUGCGAAGGCUUACAUUUUUCAACAUUGAAGAAGGACGCGAGAUUGGCGCUGUAAUUAUCCAGUUUAAGCGAUAAUUGGGUCGACUAUAUGUAACGGAUUGGUUCUAUCCUAUGCAUUACAAGUUUGUGAGUAUGGAAAUGAGAAAAAGGAGUGGCUCUGCAGAGUAUGAUCACUGUGAUGCUGUCAACUGGCAUCGCCAUAAGUUGGGAUAUUGGGUAUGUUCGACUGCGGCUGCGUGGCACACUGCCUCGCCCAUGCAUCAGUGUCGGGAACGUAUGCAUUGGCGGGCAGAGAAUCGACGCUGCCAGGCUGCAUGGCCCACAUGCCAGUGUUGGGGAUGUAUGCACUGGCGGGCAGAGAAUCGGCACUGGCGGACUGCAUGGCCCAUGCGUCAGUGUCGGGAAUGUAUGUAUCGGCAGGCAGAGAACCGGCACCUCCAAACUGCAUGGCCCACACAUCGGUGUCGGGGAUGUAUGCACUGGUGGGGAGAGAAUGGACGCCGCCGGACGGCCCGGCCCAUCUGUCAGCAUUGGCGUAUGCGUGUAGCCGUGUACGGCCUGAAGGACUAUCUCGGCUUUGGCUAGCACAACCCGCAUGGUGCUGCGUAGAUAUAGUGUCUGCAUUGGCGCGUUCACGUGCUGAUAAUAUCAGUAAAUGUUUUAAUAUUCAGACCAUGAAGACUCACCAUGUGAUGGAAU